AUGAACUCAUGUCAUUCUUGGAAGGAGAAGGAGAUGAUCAGAGAAGGAUUGGAUACUCUGGAAGAAGACGAGUCACAAAUGGAUGCUGUGGAAACAGUUGGUGACCCAGGAAGUGGUGCAGCAGUGGUGCAAGAACAGAGCAACCAACGGCAGAACGCAGGUCCUUCUACUAUUGUAAAUCCGGCUGGGACUAGGGCUCCGAUUCCACGAAAAAGGAAAAUGAGUGCAUUGGACAAAAAAAAGGAAGCCAUGUUUGACUCUGUGCAAAAUUUACUGUCUGCAACCGAGGCCGAGUGGGAGGUGAUAGGUAAAUCGCUUGGCUUACAACUCAGCCAACUCAAUAACGAUCAGCAAACCAUUGCCCAAAAAUUGAUUUCAGAUUAUAAUUUUUUAUGGAAAGCGUGA